AUGGAGACGGGAGAUGGUGCAUCGGGCUCAUCAUCGAACAAGAGACCAGAGGAGGACGAGAUCACUGAAAAGAAUAGGAAACCAGAGGAGGACGAGAUCAUUGAAGAGAAUUGGAAACCAGAGGAGGAGGAGAUCAUUGAAAAGAACAAGAAUUUGAGUGUGUUGGUUGUUGAUGAUGAUCCAGUGGUACGGAGGGUCCAUGAUAUGCUUCUCCAGAGCAUUGGAAUAAAGGCUCAUGUUGUUGAAAACGGGAAAGAAGCUGUGGAUCUUUUUUGCAUUGGACUGUCUUACGAUCUCAUUCUAAUGGACAAGGAUAUGCCUGUCAUGAAUGGCAUUGAGGCAACAAAGGAGAUAAGAGGAAUGGGGAUACACAGCAUGAUCGUUGGUGUGACUGAAUCUGACGUAGACAGUGAGAAGCGAGAAUUCGCGACGGCUGGUGUGGAUUAUUGCUUUCAAAAGCCUUUGACUCCCGAAAGGAUCAAUUUUAUCCUGAAUGACCUCAACAACUUCUGA